AUGGAUAUUUUAAAUGGAGAAGAUCAUAUAUUAAAAGUUUCAAAUGAGAUUGAUAAAUAUGAGGAUGAAGAAUUCAUAUUAACUAUUUUAAAUAUAACUUCAUAAGAAUACAGGAAUAAAAUCAAAAAAUUUAAAGGUUAUGGAUCAAAAAAAUUAUGUGCCAAUGUUGUUGGAAAAUAAGAAAUGUUUUAUUAAUGCUUUGAUUGUAGCAUAGAUACUAACCAUAUCAUUUGUAAAGAGUGCUUCAUUCCUGAAAUUCAUAAAAGUUUUUAAAAAAUAUUAUGUUAGAUCAUGCUGUAUUUUUUGAGCAAAUUCAUUCUUAAAUGCCAGGAUUUUGUGAUUGUGGUGAUACAAUGAUUUUUGAAGCUAAUUCAAUGUGUCCUAAACAUCAGCCUGUUUUAAUAAAGUUUGGGAAUUAAUAAUUAUAUUGUAAUUAAUAUUAUUGAAUUAGAUGAUAAAAUUGCUAAAAAUUAUGAAUAAUUUUUAAUGAUUGCCUUCAGCUUAUUAUAAAAGAAAUUAUCAGAAAUAAUUGAUUAUCCAGCUGAUUUAUUAGAGAAUAUAGAGAAUAUAAUCAAGGGAUUAAAAAAUGAUACUUUGAUGAAUUAUUAUAAUUCUGAAAAAAUUCAUUUUUAAUCUAUUCAGAAUUCUAUGAAUUAAGCAAAACUAAUUCAUAGAUUAAUUUUGAGGUGCUUAGAAAUCAUAAUAACAGAUAAUAUUAUAUGGGGUUCUCUCACAGGUAAAAUUUUAAGAUAGGAAUAUAAAUUCAAAAUAAAUAAUAAAAUAAUCACAUCAAUUUCACUUUUGGAGUUAUAUAUUAAAAAUCAUGCAUAUUUAGUGGAAUCCCUUAAGCUUGAUUAAGAUAUUUCAACUUUUUUUCCUGUUUUCUUUUAGGAGGAUGAUUUCCGAAAUUAUCUUAAUAGAAUUGUGAUACGGAACUUUAAGAAUUUUUAUCUUUUCUUUCAUUCCUACAAAUUAAAAACCAUUAACAAUGAAGAAUUUAAAUUUUAAAUAUAUUAGAGAACUAAUGAUAAAAAAUUGAAUAUUUUAAUAUAGUAAAUACUUCAUUGUAGCUAAAUCAAAUAAAUUUAAUGUGAUAAUAUUAUAAUUAGCAGUGCACUUAUGGAAAAAUUUUAUAGUUUUAUUUAGAGUUGUUAUGUUGAAAUUCUAAAGUUAUACUAAAAAAAUAGAACUCCAAUAUCUUAUAAAAUAUUUGAUGAUAUCUCAGAUCUGUUCUUAAAAAUGUAAUAAAUAUAAUUAAUUUAGUUCAUUUAUAAACUCAGCUUCCCUAGAUUUAUUUUAUUCUAUCUUUUAUUUUUUAGGAUUGAUGCUCAAAUGCAAAUAAGGUCUUAAAGGAUUAGUGAAUUAAAUUCAAGAAAUCCUUUCAAAAGAUUUUCAUUAUUUUUAAUCUCAAAUAUUAAGUCCAAAUUCACCUGAGUUUUAGAAAUUAUUACAUUAAUCUUUAUUAAUUUAUUCAUUAACUAGAAGUUGUCCAUGUUAACAAAACAAAGACUUAACUCUAGAAUCUCAGACAGAUGAAAUGGAUGAAUAAUCUUUAAAUUGUUUAUUUUUGCAAUUAAUUAUGAAUUUAUCCUCAUUUAGAUGUAAUUUAAAAUCCAUGUUAUUGGCUAUAGGGCAUUUACAAUCAUAUGAAGUUUAAAAUAUAUAAAGAAUAAUCUUGCAUUAUUUUUUAAAUAAUUUAGUAACUACUUUCAAUUUAAAUUAUUAUUAAUCUUAACUACAAUUAUUCUUGUCUAAUUUAGUCUUAAGUGAUAGAAAUUUCAUAACUGUUUUGACAAUAUAUAUAAUGAAUUUUUCAAAUUCUAAGGAAGCAUAUAAUGAUAUCCUAUAAAUUAGUGGAAAAGAUAAUUAAUAAUUAAAAUUAAUUAUGUUUCAUAUACUAAAAAGAGCUAUUUUAAAUUAUUACAUUUUUUCAGAUUAUCAAUUCUAUUAAGGAAAAUAAGCCGAUUUCGAUUAUUUAGAGGGUGAAAUAGCUCUUUAAUAAGCAGAUGUGGCCUAUAUUUAAAUUUAUGCUUAUCUAUUUUAAGAAUAGGGAAUCAAUGACAUUAUUUAGUGCUUUUAAGAAAUUGAAUCGCAUCUUAAGCAGAAGGAAAAUUUAGCUUUAUUAAUUUGUAAAAUUGCUUAGACAGAUAAUGAUUUAAUAUAGUGUGUAGAAAGCUUUAUUGAUAAAGAAAAAAAUGUUUAAUUAUAAAAAGGAUUGCAUAAAUUAUUUUAAACAAUAUUUUAUUCUUAAACAUUUUAUCAAUUGAAUGAAAUGAAGAGUAUACUUUAAUCAUUUAGUAAUAUAAAUUAUAAGGGUUUUGAAUCUUUCACAUUGAGUUCUUGUGAAAGAAAUUAAGAUAAUGGGCAAUUAUAAUUAAAAAAAGAACUUAAAUUACCUAUUUAUGAACCUAUUUAUGCCUUCUAAAAUUAAUAUAUAAAAGAAACAAUUAGUGACAAAUUAUAAAUGUAGAAUGAUAAAUUUGCUGAAUUAUUUGGAUCCUCAUUAGAAUUUGAAUUAUAGAAUUAUAAUACUGAUAAAUCAACUCUUACUAAUAUUAGAUAUGAAAUACUUAAAGGAAUAUCUGUUGAUAAUUAAUAAUAUUUAUUAGACAGAAUCCUAAAUGAUUUAGAAAGCACUUUUUAAUCAAAUAUGGAAUUUGAUAUAAUUGUUGAUCAAUUAAUCAAGAUCUUACAAAAUAAUGCCAUAUAUAUAAAUUUAUUAAUUUUAUCUAAUUCCUUUUUUAAGGCUUCAAAUAUUAUUAUUUAAAAUAGUUUAGAUAAAAUUUAUCUUUAUUGUUAAGAUAUUUUAUCUAGUUAAUAAAUUAAUUACACAUAAACAUUAUUUUUUUAAGUUUAUUGCUAAAGAUUAGAGAACAAAAAUAUAACUUAAAAAUUGAAUGAGCCUGAUAAUAAAUAAUAAUCAAAAUCUCAAAAACAUUAGUAAUAUAAAUAAUAAUUACAAUAACAAUUCUAUUAAAUGUAACAAGACUUUAAUAGCAAGAUUAACAAUAAUUAAUAGCUCAUUGAAGAUACUGAUGAAACAUGUUUAUUAUGUAAAUUACCUUUUGAAAAAGAAGAUCUUUAGUAUUAACCUAUAUUAAUUCAAUACACAAAUAUUUAUUAAUAUUUAGACAUUAUUUAAUUGUAAAAUACUUCAGAAACCAAUUUUUUAUCUGUGCACAUUUAAAAUUGUAAUCAUAUAUUUCAUGAUAAUUGUUUAAAAAAAUAAAUCUAUUCUUUAAACGAAAAGGAUUUAAAAUUUUAGUAGUGCCCUUUAUGCUAUUCUCCUUAUAAUUUUUUGUUUCCAAGUUCUUAUUAAAGGUAAAAUAUAGAAAUUCAACAAUUUGAAUUUUCAAUCUAAGUUUUCUUAGAAUCACUUUUCAAUAGCAAUUUAGAAAUAUUUGAGAAUAAAUAUAAGAAUGAACUUUUUGAUAUUCUCUCAUUUCUAGAUGAAAUCCUAUCUGAAAUUUUAUGCAAUUUAACAUUCUAAUUAUUGAGUGACUUCGAAACUUUUAUUAAAAAGAACCAACAUCUCUUUAUAUAAAAAAUAAUAGAUUUGAUGAAAUGGCUUUAUUAAAAUUUCGAUACUAAUUUUAUUGAAAAUAUCAAAUUAAGUGAUAGCGAAAUAUUAUUUUAAAUUUUACAAUUAAUUUUAACUCAUCUAAUAAAAGAGUAUAAUAUUGAAAGUUUUAAGUAAAAAUUAUAAAUAUUAUUAAACUCUAAUUUAGAAUUGGCUGAAUCAUUAUUUGACAUAUUUACAUAAAAAAAAAUCAAUAAACAAAUAAGUAAUAGAUUAUUACCUUAUAACAUAUAAAAAAUAAAAGAGUAAUUUAAACAAAAAAGAAUAAAUAUAUUAACAAAUAAUUUUAGUUCAUUUUUAUCAUAGAAUUACUUAAUUCCAUGUUAAAAAAAAAAAUGCAAAUUUCCUAAAUAUUAAUUAGAAACCAAAUUUAAAGGAUAAUACAUUUGCCUUAUAUGUUAAAAAAAAAUGUGUUCAGAAUUUUGUGGAAAACUUUAGUAAGUAAUUAUAUAAAAUUUAUAUUUAAGUAAAAUCUUGGAAAUUUAUAAAGACACUCUAAGAAAAGACAUUUAAGUAAAAGUGUGUUUCUAGAUGUUGAAAAAAGCUAAAUGAUAUUGAUAUAUUCUCCUUCUUUUACCUUCAUGCCAAACACUCUAUUUAUAGAUAAGAUAGGAGAUUCACCAAUCAAAGGCCCAUACCAAUUAUAAUAUUACAGGAAGUUUAUUUUGAAUUUGAAAACAUUAGAUCAAAUCUUUGAGAUAAUUAUGGAAGAAAAGUACUUAAAUAAAUUAAUUGAAAAUCAAGAUGGUGUCUACAUACAUUAAAUUUGA